CUAAAGCUUAUGUUAACCUCUCAGUGAAUUGUAUUAUAAAUCUCACAAAAUUCAUUCCGCUGGCUGAAAGCAAUUAAAAUAAAUACCUUGGCUGUUGUAUCUAUAAGUUUGGUCAACUAGGAACGUUUGUACCUAGUGUCGUUUUACGCGCCACUCAUGAACUAGAGGUUUGGCGGACUCGGUCAAGUUAUGCAGGACCCUACGUUGCAGUUUUUGCGUACUUUAGUUACUCAUGGGGAAAACAAGUACUGUUUUGAUUGUCAUCAAAGAGGCCCGACGUACAUAAACAUCACAAUUGGUUCCUUUGUUUGUACAACAUGUAGUGGUGCUCUGAGAAAAUAUAACCACAGAGUGAAAUCAAUCUCAAUGUCAAAUUUUUCCCAAUCAGAGAUUGACUUCCUUUGCACUCGUGGAAACAAGGCAUGCCGAAAAAUAUAUUUGGCUCUUAGCGAAGACCAAACCAUGACUGAGAAAGACUUGAAAGAUGGAGCUUUAGAUAAUUAUUUAAGACAGAAGUACCAGCUACAAAAAUGGUAUCGCGAACCAACGUCGCAGAUAGAAUCUGAAGCUUUGAAAGAAAAUCGAGAACUUCUUGAGCAGUCAGAAAAAAACAUGAAUCAGAAAGGCCAACGUAAUACAUGUGGUAAUGCAGCUGCUGGACUUAUUGUUCUGCCUACUCGUUCAAGUACUAAUCUUCCUUCCCAAAGCAAUCUAACCAGCGGGACAACACAAAUACCACAACAAUCUGUCACGAAUCAUUUCACCUUUAGUCAAAAACAGGAUGCAUUUAACAAAGCGACCGCUGAUCCAUUCGCUUCUUUUUCCACUCCAACUUCUUCCUCUUCAAAUACUAUUGCUGUUACCACCACUACCACAACAACAACAACUACUACUACGAAGUCUGAUCUCUUCGCAAAUUUCUGUCCUAAUGUCCUUACUUCUAUAAAUAAUUCAACAGUUAAAUCAUUCCCUUCUAACAUAAAUCCUACUAUAUCGAAUAUUUUCCCAAGUUCAUCGAUAAAUACAAUGUCUAGUUUCCCUGGUCCAAGUGGUGGAGAUAAGUAUGCCGCACUUGCAGAAUUGGAUGGUUUAUUUAAAAAUACCGGACUUAAAUCAAUGACUCCAGAAAUAAUGGAAAAAGGUGCAAAUGAUAUUACAUUACCUAAAACCAAUGUGUCUAGUGUAUCAGCCAGUGAAUGGGUCACCCCAUUCUCACCUCAUAUUUCUUAUUCCAAUAAUCCUGUUGUCGAAACAACACAUGGAUGGUCUGCGAAUAAAUCUUUCAAGGAUAGUUUACAAUCACUCAAUCCCUUUGCCAAUCCAACAGUUGGAGUUCCAAAUCCUCCAGCUUUUAACAGAUUUACUAAUCCAUUCACAAGUUAUCCCAUUAUGACAGUACCUUCAAGUAUCAAUCAGUUUCCUGAAACUUUGAGUCUAUCCAAUCCAGAAAGUAAAAACCCAUUCCUCUCAAAUGCCCAGCAGUCAUUUAAUGCAAACCCAUUUUCUAACUUGGCGAACUUUACAUCUGCCCAUUAUCAUUCACAAGUAACUUCUAGUUCUUUUUCACCCACCAUGCACCCAGCUAAUAAUUUUCCUACAAAAAUGAAUAAUCCCGUGAAUGGAGUGGUUGGACAACUUGGUCAUACUAGUGAUUCUACUACUCGUUAUCAAUUGUCCAAUUUCAAUCCUUUCUGAAUAGAUAGAAAGAGAAAAAUAUUACAAUGAUACCAUGCUUUCUUUAUUGAAUAAUUUUGAUUUCAUUGUCGGUGAUAGAUGCUAUUCUCCUCCUUUUAAAAAAAAUAAUAAAUACUUAAUUUAAGACCCAUUAUGACAUUUGAAUAGUGUGUGUGUGUGUGUAGGGGAGAAGGAGCGAAGUAGAUUUCAGUGAUACAGCAUUUUAUUUUCUGUUUUUCUCUCAUUGUAUUUUUCCUCUUUAGUAGUAGUUUUCUUUAGAAAUUUAUCAAUUUCACUUAUUAUUGUUAUCUCAUUGUCAUCAAGAUCGUCAUAGUCAUUAGCGGUUUCCGUUCAUUAUACACGUGUGUUCCUUCUUUCCCCGUUAAUUUCAUCGAUAAUAAUAAUAAAUCUCUAAAGAUAAUACGUCCAAAUCAGUUAUUUUAAUCAGCAUCAGUCAACUCAUAUUUCACUCUUUCAAUACAGUUGGAGUAUGUGAACCACUUCAACAAUGUAUGUGUGUGUGUUGAAUUUUGUAAAACUAUAAUUGCUAUUCUUUACAAGAAAAAGAAAUCUCAUUUCCUUUUUAAAUCAAUCUAUGUGACAAUCAUUGAGUAACAUUCCGAGAGAAUUAUUACAUAAUAUUCUUGUUGUAUUUUUUCAAUGUUGAAAAAGAUCCAAUUUAUAAUUUAUGACUAUUUCAGUAAUUCUCUCUAUCUCUGUCGAUCUGUGUAUGUAUGUAUGUAUGUAUGAAUCUUGUAAUGACCUAUCUCUAUAAUGCUAAGCUAAUUACCUCUUUCUCUGUCUUUUAAUCUAUUCAAUCUAUUUACAAAUUGACUUGAUAACACUAUUGCUUUGACUCCUUUUCAAAAUUUACAAUAUCCUAGGCGUAUAUUGUAAUUCUUAACUGGAUUAUUAUCCUUUUGUUUUUAUUUUAAUGAUUAGUUUCUAUUUACUUUUUUUUUCUUUUAAUGAGAGAUAUUUUUCUUGAGUUUAUUUUCUCGUCCAUUUUCCCAAUGAUAUAAACUUUCAAUUUAGUCAUUUGUUAUAACAACUAAUCUUUUGUUUGUUUGUUUGUUUCUUAGACAAUUCUGAUUAACAAAAUCACAUAACUACAAAUAUGAAACUAUUUGAAUUGGAUCUCUGUUGUAAAUGACAAAAAGCAUACUAUACAUCUCAUUCAUUGAUUUGUGUGUGUGUGUGUGUUUGUAGCUCGUGUAAUAAAAGUGAGAUAAAUACAUUUCUUUUUGUGAAUGUCACUACUUAGUGUUUCCCAAUACAGAUCAUUACAAUUGAUGCUUAGAAAAAUGCAUAUGUACCUUACGCUAUAUGUUCUAGUCUAGCGUAUUUGUCUCAUAAUGAUGAUGAUAAUGUAUGUGUGUCUGUGUAUGCUGUUUAAUAUUCAUUUUGUAUGUUUUUACUUUCAUGAUCAGUUUUCUAGGUGUCUAAUGUGUAGGUAUGCUUUACCUUGCAAUCUGAUUCUUAUCAUUAUUGGUUAAUGUAAUUAAUUCACUUGACUAUUGUUAAAUUAUUCAUCCUUUUUUUUCUCUGGUAAAAAAGCGUUAAUUUUUUAUGUAUGCUAAUUAGACUCCGUCAUUAUUGUAUUAUAUAUGUGGAGCAUGUCAGUGCGUAUUCAUCUGCCGUCAUCAUUUAACUCAUUCCUCUCUGUCUCCCUCUCUCCAUAUAUACAUAUAUUCACUACAUCACACUACAGAUUCUCUGAUCAUUAUUAUUAUUACUAUUCACAUUGUUAGCAGUAUUAUUAUAACAACUUAUCGAUAAUAAAAUUGAAUCGAAUAAAUUGUGUCCAAAUCGUAGUCUCAAUUGAAAACAGAAAUAUAUUUUAGUUUUUAUGUCUGGUCGUUUGUGUGUAUGGGUUCGUUUCUAAUCACAUAUAUAUGCUAUGUGUGCGCGCACUACCUUUUCGCAUUCCUUAUGGUCGAAUUCCUGUGUUGUUUUUUUAAUAUCUUAAAUUUACUUUUUAUUUCCGAUUUCAUUAGACUGGUUAAUGAUAAAAAUAACAAUAGCCAUAUGUAACACAUUAUUAUCAUCGUGUUCU